AUUAAAAGGUUAAACAUUUUUACGAAUAUAGCGGUCAGUUCCAUCAUCACCCAUUCCUAUUUGAGUCUGACAGCGAGACAAAUGACGCACGAGUUGGCUGUCACCAGUAGUGCCCGAUACAGGCAGUUGCUUUACUUGUGUUUGAGCUGCUUUACUGACUCAUUGGGAUGAGUUGGCUAUGAGCUCCGGCAAUUAAAAAAAAUCUUAGGAAAUACGAAUGGAGGCUGUUCUGCAAGUUAAGAAUAAUUGCUCUGAUGUUUGAUGUUAAACUCAUAAAUUGGAAUGCAGAUGAGUAACUAAUAUGAGGAAAUCAGAAAAUAAAAUUGCAACGCAGAUUGGAAACUAAUAUAGGCAAAUCAGAAAAUAUUAUUUGAAUAAAGAUUAAAACAGAAAGCCAACGUACAACAGAAAAGCAAAACAGGACAUUCAUGUCGAUAUACUUACAUUUACGCUGUAAGCUUUCUUAAAUUGAACCAAGCGAUUUUGGACGAAUUUAGUCUCAGAGAACAAUCUAUUCUAGCAGGUCGCAAAAUGUCUCUUGAAGAAACGUUUGUUCUGAACCCAGUACUGGCAAAUGUAUUAUCUUCAGAUGUAUCCCGAGGUAACCACACUCCAGUUGUUUCGGAACAUCCCAUCUGGUAUCCGGGAAUUAUCAUUACCGUUGUUUAUGGAUUCCUUAUUCUUGUUGGACUUGUCGGAAACAUCACGCUCAUCAAGACAUUUUGUACAGUAACAUCAAUGAGAACUGUUCCCAACCUGUUCAUGUCAAGCCUGGCACUUGGAGACUUGCUCUUGUUAGUUACCUGCGCGCCAGUGGAUGCCAGUAGGUAUCUGGUGGACAAGUGGCUUUUCGGGAGAGUAGGCUGCAAACUCAUUCCGUUCAUCCAGCUCACUUCGGUCGGAGUAUCUGUGUUCACCCUGACGGCGCUAUCCGCAGAUAGGUACAAAGCUAUUGUGAAACCAAUGGAUAUACAGAUGUCCAAUGCCACAGCGAGAACAUUCCUGAGAGCUGCAUUGAUAUGGAUAUUUUCUAUGAUUCUAGCCAUCCCAGAGGCCAUAUUUUCUGACCUUCAUACAUUCAGUAUUCCUCAAACCAAUGAAACGUUUGUGACAUGUGCCCCCUAUCCACAUGCCGGGGAUCUGCAUCCCAAGAUUCAUUCCAUGGUAUCUUUCCUCGUAUUCUACAUCGUGCCCCUCUUCAUCAUAUCCAUCUAUUACUUUUUCAUCGCCAGGAGUCUGAUAAGCAGUGCCUGCAACAUGCCUGUGGAAGGAAACAUGCAUGUCAGGACACAGAUCAAGUCACGGAAGAGGCUGGCAAAGAUGGUGCUGGUGUUCGUGGGGCUGUUUGCAGCAUGCUGGCUGCCAAGCCACAUAAUCUACCUGUAUCGGUCCUACCACUACUCCCAGGUGGACACCUCCCUGCUCCACUUCAUCGGCAGUGUGUGUGCCCGAAUCCUGGCCUUCACCAACUCCUGUGUUAACCCCUUUGCCCUUUAUCUACUGAGUAAGAGCUUUCAGAAACAGUUCAACAAGCAGCUCUGCUGCUGCCGGCAGCCUCCAAAUCAGCAUUCCAAAAACCAGGGGCAGAGCACCAUCCGCAUGACAUCACUGAAGAGGCUGUCCACCAAUCACUCGUUAGCUAGCUUCAGCCUUGUUAAAGGCAACCAAAUAUGUCAGGAGGAAUGUGUGUAGAGAAUGGCAGGUGUAGAGUUAGGCUGCUGAGUACAGGCCUCAUAUCCAGGCUGCUACUUUAUCACGCUCUCUCUCUUUCUUUGGUCAGUAAUUUUUGUUGUUUUGGCUCUGUACUCCAGCACAUUAGGUUUGAAGUGAAACAAAUGAGGUUAAAGUAUACUGUCGGCUCUAAUUAGAGGGUAUUUACAUCUUUACAGUAUAUAUUGAGUGACCGUGUUAGACUUACAGCCUUUGUCUAUUACCUGUUGUGAGGCAGGGCUGGGGCUGGCCAGUGCUCACGUGGUGAACAGACAGGAGAAACAACUGAAACGUUUGGCUUACCACCUUUUAUUGGUAAAAAAAAAAAAACUCUAACACAACAGAAAUAAAUCAAGAAAAGGCUAAACUGACAACCAGAUAGCUUAAAAGGAAAAGGGAUGACCAAAAACCAAAUAUCCUGGCACCAACCCACCAUACCGUGCAUAGCCUAGCUCCAAAAUGCCCUGAAAUCACUCACUUUUUGGCCUGGAAGCUAGGCCUCUUAUAGAGCCCACAAUUAAGAAAUUGCAAUGAACCAUUGAUGCAAUGAAUCAUUUAUGCCCUCUGGCGGACAGCACCCCAAAUCCCUUUCUGGAAUCACUGUACUAUAUAUAUAUAUAUUAUAUAUAAAUGGUUACCAAAUGUCCAUUUACAUAAUAUACAUAGAUAGUAAAGCAAUUCUGACACUACCAAUAUAUGUUAAAGCCCAUGGAAGGAGCCAGGUGAGAUCUUCCAAAAAUUUACCGGUUUUCUCUAGGGUAACUGGGAGACCUCACGUAGCUUUGAAUGUAGCUACACUGUUAUAGUUAACAUUAACUCCCACAUGUAAACACUGACUUGUGAGCCCCUCUCUUAGCAAUUACACUCAAAGAAUAAAGCAGUAUUUGUAACCGGUAGUCGUUUUAUGGAUCAAUGGACAGGCAAGCUCAAGUGUAGUGAUAAUAUGAUAUAGUGUUAUUACAGUACAAAGAAGGAAAAGCCUCAUGUCUAGAGGCGAGAAUGUCUGAAUUAAGAAUUGUGCUGCUGCACUAAGAUCUGUCCAUUAAUAUCUCUUGGCUAAUUAUAUUCACUUCAAGCCUUUGUUGCUGGAAAUUGCUGUGUUUACCUCUGCUCAUUCUGAUUCUCAGUCUGCAUUUUAUUUGUUUUCCUUGAUCCCUUUCUACAGUCAUCAACUGGCAGACUGGCUGUUCAGGGAAAAUUAUGCUUCAUGAUAAUCUAAAUAGGCAGAGAUAGCUGUCAGUAAUGUGUUAAUUUGAAUCAUUGUGUUUUGCAGUGGAAACAAUUUAGAUUGGUUUAAACAAGUUUAUGACUGACACCUCAUUGUAGAUCCAACCACUACAGUGUUCAUUAAAGUGCUCUUCAGUCUCUCAGUUUAUAUAUUAUUGGAUCACUUUCUCAAGCUUAUUUCCAUUUUCCAUCAAUAAUUUAGAAAAAUGAAAAUAUGUCAUAAUUUGAAAACAAAUUGUUUUAUUGAUCAUUCAGUCAUUGUCAUUUACAGUUUGAUUUUGGUUGUCAUAAUUCGUUUUGGUUCCCCUGAUAUCUCCGCUAGAAAAUAUAUAAACUAGCACAUGUAUGGAAGAGAAAUAAUGAAAAACUUAAAAAUUAAUGGUUAUUGAAUCUAUGCUAUAAUCUUUGGGACAAAGACAUUUUUUAUUGAUUUGGCUCUGUACUCCACAGUUUUAGAUUUGUAUU